CCUCUGAGAGCCAGCCCUCGCGAGCGCCCGCACCCCGGGCUCGCCCGGCUUUCUGGCAUCGGCGACGCGGAUGUGACCCCCCCCUUUUCCUCCGGCAUGAUGGGGAUCUUCUGGGCGUCUGUUGGAUUUGUUUUCUUUUCGGUGUUUUACGUGCAACAAGGGCUUUCUUCUCAAGCAAAAUUUACCGAGUUUCCGAGGAACGUGACUGCGACCGAGGGGCAGAAUGUGGAAAUGUCCUGCGCUUUCCAGAGCGGCUCCGCCUCGGUGUACCUGGAGAUCCAGUGGUGGUUCCUCCGGGGGCCCGACGGCCUGGAGCCCGGGGCCGAGGCGGCCGGCGCGCAGGUGGAGCUCUUACCAGACCGAGACCCGGACAACGACGGGACCAAGAUUAGUACAGUGAAAGUCCAAGGCAAUGAUAUUUCCCACAAACUCCAGAUUUCCAAAGUGAGAAGAAAGGAUGAAGGUUUAUAUGAGUGCAGGGUGACAGAUGCCAACUACGGAGAACUACAAGAACACAAGGCCCAGGCCUACUUGAAAGUCAAUGCCAACAGCCACGCUCGGAGGAUGCAGGCCUUUGAAGCCUCGCCCAUGUGGCUGCAAGACAUGAAGCCUCGCAAGAAUGCCUCAGCGGUGAUUCCUAGCAACAUCCACAGCUCUGCUAACCAGCGAAUGCACUCCACCUCCAGCCCUCAAGCCGCAGCCAAAAUCCCCAAACAAAGUCCACAGUCAGGUGCGAGGAUAGCUACAAGCCAUGGACUUUCUGUCCUGCUUCUUGUUUGUGGCUUUGUGAAGGGUGCUUUGCUUUAGUCUAAAGUGCUGACUUUUUUCCAAUAUCACUUUCUCUUCUUAAAGCAAAGAUCAAAUCGCCUGUAAAAUCUACGGAGCGGACAGCAAAGUUGACCCUAAACUCCAAGCACCAUCCUACACCCCUGUACUCUAGUUACCUCCACAAGGAGCAUCAGCUUGCGGAAGCAUAGACGAAGAGGCAUUUGCACGCUUUGUUGAUAACGUUUUCUUUGCGAUAUCACUCAUCUUUGGUUUCAAGAGAAAUAGUGUGAAGCACUAUGACAUUUUCUAAUAACAAGAUCUAUUUUUUUCUUUUCUUUUGGAAAAUAAAAUUACCAUCUCACUGACUGCUCAGGGGUUGGUCUGAAAGUCAUCCACAUAGUAAAUAUUUACCAUGGACACCACAGAUUUCUUACCAAGAGACCCAUUGUCUGCAAGAAGCUAACAGAUCAAAAGUCUUCAGAAUAUCAACUAUCUUCAGUGAACACUCCCAUUUGGGGGAAGGAACAAAAUGAAGAACACUGCGUGGCAACAAAGAAUGACAUUAUUUUAAAUAAGAAAUAGUCAAAGAAAGCAUUUUUGUAACUUCUCCUUUCCUUGGAUUUUUCCUAUUUCUCCUUGAUUUCAACUUUUGUUUAGUAGUGACAAGUGCUAGUUAUGGCCAAUCCUUGUCAAUCCUGGGAGGAUUAGAUAAAUAUAUUUUGAGCCUGCUAUAGUUCAAUGUAUUUCAAUUCAUUUUGCAAUUCUUGUAUAUGCAAACCUGACAAAUUCUGUAAAUUGCUUACAGUGUGAUAUAGCUUCAAACUAGAUAUACUAUUAUCCUCAUGCAAGCUUUUUCAUUCUAUAUAUAAAUAUAUACAUAUGAGCAUCUAUUUGUUAGGCCACCAACCAAUUUCUUUUGACAAAGCAUUUACUUUCAUUUGUAAUUCAUGUAUGUAAAUUUUGCAGUGUGAUGUUUAAUUUCCACAGACCUACAGCUGCAAAUGGUCUCUGUUGUUGUCUGCUUCAUUCUGGAAACAAAAUCAAAGUUUUAUCUGUCUCUGCUAAAUGAAUUAAUUUUGUGUAUAUGCUAUGUUGGAAUUUGAGGUGUUCUUUGGUACUUGGUCAUGACGUUUGUGGAUCUCGAUGAUAAAGAAUGCGUACUCUUGCAUUCACUUCUGUCCCCUCGUUAUCACUAUUCGAUGACAGUUUUGACAGCUGUCCCGUGUUAUCACUAUUCGAUGACAGUUUUGACAGCUGUCCCCAUUUAUCACUCUUAUAUGAUAGUUGCUUUCACAGCUGUCCCCACAUUUUCACUAUUCUAUGAUAGUUGCUUUCACAGCUGUCCCCACAUUUUCACUAUUCUAUGAUAGUUGCUUUCACAGCUGUCCCCACGUUUUCACUAUUCUAUGAUAGCUGUUUUAGCAGCUGUCCCCAUGUUAUCACUAUUCUAUGAUAGCUGUUUUAGCAGCUGUCCCCACGUUAUCACUCUUUUAUGAUAGUUCCUUCUAGAAAGUCUGCCUGAGAGGUGAAAUGGAGAAAGUGAGGCAGAUACGUGGGCUCCCUGAAUUCAUGGAAAAGCCCUUUUGCUGGGUGAAGUCAUGCUGAUUCCUUUGGUAUUUAUAAGUUUUAGUAGCUUUUUGCUUUGUUGCUUUUUUUUACCGAUAACUAUAUUUUAAUGUAUCCUAAUUAAAAAUUAAAAUGUGGUUGUUGGCUAAAUAUAAUAUGCAAAUGAUGACUGCAAAUUCCUGGUUGCAAUUAUAUCAGUUCAAUCUUCACUACUUAAGUGAGUUGUGCUUUUGAGCAUUCUAUCUUUAUUUUUGACCUCAUAAUAUGGUAAUUAGAAUCUAUUUUUCUGGUAAAGAAAGAUAAAAUUAUUAAUGUGUUCCACAUAAAAUAUGGAAUGUAUAUGGUUAGAGAAAGAAAAGACAUUCAGUUUUCCUUUCGGAGAGACUCUUAUUUUCUUUCAUUGCAAAACCACAGCAUCCUAUCUGGAGGCACCGUCUACCCCCAGCCUAACGUCCUAACCUGACUCUUGAAGGGCACUGGCUCUGCCAUUUAGUUCUAAGCAGCGCACAUAUUUUCAUAAGUAUUGACAUUAUCCUUUAACAAAUGAUUCAUGAUAAAUCUUUCCUUAAUGAUUUUCUUGUUUAUUUGUUUUAUUGUUUCAGGCUAAUGAGAAAAAAAAUAAAGGUUUGGUUGUGCUAUUUUA